CGCUGUAUGACGUUUAAGGAAACCAAGCCCAAUUCCAUUCAAUCCAAUGCAAUGCAAGAAACGUGAUGCUUUCAUCCAUCUGCAUCAAUCAACAGAUGCCCAAUUAUGCAUCCCUCCAAAUCAUUCGCAACAGUUAAAUAAUUCAAGUCCCAAGGGGGGGAGGGGAAAGACCUCUAUAGAUAGAGAAAAAAUCCCACCUUGUGAAUCAUUCUACCAGCUUUGAUUUUCACAGAGCUUAGAUACAAUUCAAUUCAAUAAUGGGGAUGGAGAAAUCCACAUUUUUGUGCACUCUUUUUGUUCUGCUCUGUAUUGGGUGGUGCAGGGGAGAUGAGGAGGAGCUCCUCCGCCUUUAUGAGCAAUGGAUGGGCGAGCAUGGCAAGGCCUACAAUGGCCUGCUUGAGAAAGAAGCACGCUUCCACAUAUUCAAGAACAAUCUUGCUUACAUAGAGUCACAUAACCAGAAGAAUGAAUCAUAUAAGCUGGGGCUCAAUAACUUUGCAGAUCUCACCCAUGAUGAAUUCAAAAACAUCUACUUGGGUACCCUGUUUCGCUCCAGAAAAUCUCCCUCUCUUCGUUAUCAGUAUGCCCAUGGAGACCGUUUGUCUACAGUUGUGGAUUGGAGGACAAAUGGUGCUGUCACUGGUGUUAAGGACCAGGGCUCUUGUGGAAGUUGCUGGGCUUUCUCUACAAUUGCAGCAGUGGAAGGAAUUAAUGAGAUUGUAACCAAGCGGCUAGUAUCUCUGUCAGAGCAAGAGCUUGUGGAUUGUGACACUGCUUCAAACCAGGGGUGUAAUGGAGGUCUGAUGGAUGAUGCAUUUCAAUUUAUCAUUGACAAUGGUGGAAUAGACAGUGAAACUGAUUACCCUUACCGGGCUGCUGAUGGCAAGUGCGACUUAAAACGAAAAACUUCCCAUGCGGCUACAAUUGAUGGGUAUGAAGAUGUACCCUCUAAUGAUGAGAUGUCAUUACAGAAGGCUGUUGCUCAUCAACCCAUCAGUGUAGCUAUUGAGGCUGGUGGAAGGAAUUUCCAGUUCUAUGCAUCAGGUGUAUUCACAGGAAACUGUGGAACUGAUUUGGAUCAUGGUGUGACAUUGGUGGGUUAUGGAUCCACUGGUAAGGACUACUGGAUUGUUAAAAACUCAUGGGGAACAAGCUGGGGAGAGAGAGGAUACAUUAGGAUGGAAAGAAAUAUUUACAGUUCCCUUGGAAAAUGUGGCAUUGCUAUGCAGGCAUCUUAUCCAACUAAGAAUCCUGAAAUGCUUGAGCAGACUGCUGUUAAGAAGACCAUUGGUUAUGUUGUCAGAAAGAUUAUUGCCAGUUUCUGAUAUUCACUGAGCAGCUCCAUCAUUCUGCAAAGGGUUUUGCAAACUUAUAUUCAGCUCAUCUCAUCUAUUGAUAUAUUUAUUUGGAAAAAUAUUGUUUAAGCUUUGAAGAAAGAAUGAAUCAGGCUGAAUAGCAGCUGAUUUGGGUUAAUUUGGCAUGAGUUAUUUAUAUUGAAUUGAAAAUGAAUAUUAAAAAUGUAUGGUUUUGUAA